AUGAACACAGAGGCAACUACAACCGAUAGUCCGAAUAAAACAACUACAGAUGAUAUAGCGCCAGAGUUUACUGCAACCUAUAGUCCGACUAAAACAACUGCAGAUGAUAUAGCGACUGAGAGAACUACAAUAGUCAGUUAUACUACAGAGGAAACCUCAGACAUUACGACUGGCGAUGGUUCAACAAGCACAACUGAUUCAACAACAACUUUAACUACGACUAAACUAUUUACAGAAGAUUCCACUGGAACCGAAGAUUUUGUAUCUUCUACGAUGCAGCCAACAACGCCAUCUACAUCAGUCCCACCUAUAUGUCCUCCGGGAACUUUUGGAAAUAUUCCACACCCAGUACUGUGCAAUUCUUUCUUCAUGUGCGCUGGGGGAUCGGCCACACUACUAAACUGUACAGCUGGUUUCGAGUUUGAUCCCGAAAAGAGAUCAUGUGUCCCUAUUGCUCCUGGUGGAUGCACUCUUGGCCCUGUUUCUACAGGGGCUCCAGAGUUGAGUACUACAAAAGAGUUUAGCACCACUGAUACCGGUCAAACUGAAGACAACUACUCUACAGUUUCAGUCGGUAUUACUACCGUUUCUAGUAGUGAAACAACACAGAGUACUACAUUGGAAACAGAUAGUGCGACCCUGACCACUACGGUUGGAUUAGACGGUUCAACUCCGGAAGAGGUCAUAAAUAUUACAACUCAAUCUUCUAUACAUGAAAUUACAACAGAGGCAACUACAACUGACAUUUCGAAUAAGACAACCACAGAUAACAUAGUGACUGUAGGAACUACAACAGUCGGUAAUACCACAGAGGAAACCUCAGACUCUACAACUUGGGAUGGCUCAACAAGCACAACUGAUCCAACUACGAUUUUAACUACGUCAAUACCAGUUACAGAAGGUUCGAUUGGAACUGAAGAUUUUGUAUCAUCAACGGUGCAGUCAACAACACCAUCUACAUCGGCUCCAUCUAUAUGUCCUCCGGGAACUUUUGGAAAUAUCCCGCAUCCAGUACUGUGCAGUUCCUUCUUCAUGUGCGUUGGGGGUUCGGCAACAUUACUAAACUGUACAUCUGGUUUCGAGUUUGAUCCGGAAAAGAGAUCAUGCGUCCCUAUCGCUCCUGGUGGAUGCACUCUUGGUCCUGUAACUACUGGGGCUCCAGAGUGGAGUACUACAAAAAAGUUAAGUACCACAGAUACUGAAGUCAACUUUACAACUUCAGAUGGUAUUUCUACUGUUGCCGAUAGUGAAACCACAGAGACUAUUAUAUUAGAAACAGAUAGUUCAACCCAAACUACAACUUCUACACAUGAGAUUACUGCAACCAAUAGUCCGGCUAAAACAACUGCAGAUGAUAUAGCGACUGAGGGAACUACAACCGUAAUUAAUACUACAGAGGUAACCUCAUACUCUACGACUGGGGAUGGUUCAACAAGCACAACUGAUCCAACAACUAUGACAAUACAAGUUACAGAAGGUAAGGUUUUAAACUUUAUUACAGUUAUCUAUUUUCAAUCGCACUAUUCGUUAAAUAAAACAACUGUCUUUUUUAAAGCUGCAACUGUAGAUAAUUACAUUAACUCUAUGGCACCAUUAUUACAGGUUCCACCGUAA